AUGAUGUUAUAUCCAUCCCUAAAACAAGAGAUUUUAGAAGAGAAAAAUAAUGACCCGCAUGUCAAGAAAGUACUGGAAUUGUUUUCGGAACCCUUCGCAAAGCCGUUAGCAUCAGCACCGUCACCGCGCUUUAUUAAAUCUCAUUUACCAAUCACUCUGCUACCACCGAAGCUUUUGGAGUCUAAGGUAGUAUACGUAGCAAGAGACCCAAGAGAUGCUGCUGUCUCUUUCUGGCACAUGGGUUCUUCUAUAAGAACGAUGUCCUUUGAUGGAGACUUCAAAACGUACUGGAACUUAUUCAUGAAAGACUUACUUUACUGGACACCGUUUUUCGAGCACUUAAAGGAGGCGUGGGAGCAACGUAACAAUCCCAACCUACUUUUUAUAUUCUAUGAGGAAUUACAGAAGGAUCUCAAAGGCGUAGUACAUCGCGUGGCUGACUUUUUGGGCAAGACAUACACCGAAGAACAAAUCAUCGAGCUUUGUGACCAUCUCAACUUCAAAAAUUUCAAGACUAAUCCAGCCGUAAACAGCGACCUAUUGAGAGAUAUUGGAUUAGUUCACGAUAAACACGAAUUUAUCAGAAAAGGUAAGACUGGUGGCUGGCGAGACUAUUUUGAUGAAGAGAUGACGGCCCAAGCGGAUAAGUGGAUGGAAGAAAACCUACGUGACACAGACCUUCGUUUCCCGCAUUAA